GAGUACAUCAGCAUUUCCUGUGCGGCGCGGCAGUCACAACAAGAAAGAGGAGGAAGAGGAAAAACGACGGCAGCAGCUAGUGUGGAUUCGUCGUCGACUCGCCUUGCGUGACAACACGGGCAAUCGCAUUCGGGCUUCGGGUUGCUCCCAUUCACCACCAUGUCUGAAUUGUUACGCUACAUCGACUACGACCACAAGGCGACCUUCCUGAAGAUGCUCAACCAGCAGCGCAUGGAAGGUGAGCACUGCGACGUGGUGGUGGUGGUGGAGAAUAUCGAGUUCCGGGCUCACCGCUGCGUCUUGGCGGCCUGCAGCAACUACUUCAAGAAGCUGUUCAAGAAGCAGACAGAUGAGGACAACUCCAUCGUAGAGCUGGACUUCAUCCGCUCAGACAUCUUCGAGGAGGUACUCAACUACAUGUACACGGCGCGACUGGCCGUUCGCAAGAAGGACAUCAACAUGAUGAUGUCAUCAGGCCAGAUCCUGGGCAUCAACUUCCUGGACAACCUGUGCUCGCAGAAGCGCGAGCUGACCAACAUGAAGACGCGCGAGAACCAGGCGCCGCCCGGCGACCACGGCAUGCGCGCGCAAGAUGCCAUACUCAAGGAGCUGGCAAUGGAAGAGGUGCGCAAGAACAGCUUCUACGACACAGCCAUGGACGGCAUGGGCGGCGCGGGGGGAUCGCACGUGCCGCAGCCGCAUGGCUACAACACGGGAUUGAGCAAGGACCCGCACGCGCACGGCUGGGGCUCGUCGUCCUCCGGCGACAUGAAGCUGGAGUACCUCCUCUACGGCCACCGCGACCACGGCUCGCUGCCCGGCGCCGGCGCCAAGCCGCUGGAGCACAGCGCCAAGAAGGAGCGGCUCCUCACCGCCAACCGGCCGUACGGCUGCGAGCACUGCCCCAAGGCCUUCACCACGGCCGCCCAUCUCAAGGAGCACCUCAAGAUCCAUUCGGGAUUCAAGCCGCACCGCUGCGUGGUGUGCGGCAAGGCGUUCAUCCGUGGACCCGACCUGAAGCGGCACGAGCGCGUGCACAGCAACGAGCGACCCUUCGCCUGCCAGCUGUGCGAGAAGGCCUUCAAGCACAAGUCGCACCUGAAGGACCACGAGCGGCAGCACCGCGGCGAGCGGCCGUUCAACUGCGGCUCGUGCGACAAGGCCUUCAUCAAGGCAUCAGACCUCAAGCGCCACUGGAACACCAUGCACAGUGGCAACCCGCGACGCCAGAUGGCGCUGUCCCCCGCCGCCUCGCAGCACACCGCUGACGACCAGCGGGACUGGAAGCUGGAAGCGGCGGCGGCCGCCGCACACUCGCACAACUCUGACUGCUGAGACAGACAUACACCAUUGCGGGGAAAAAAAGCCCAGGAAUGGCAUUCUCGAAAGACUACUUCUUCUUUGAUGUUUUUUUUGGUUUCCACUUGUAAAAAAAAAAAAAGAAAAAAAUCGAUGUUUAGUUGUUCUCACAAAGCAUCAUUAGAAUUAUGGUCUCAAUUACUUUUGUUUGUUUUACGGUGCCCAACAAUGACCAAGGCGUUUAGAGGAUACAUUUUAUGACCCAACCCCCCGCCCUCCCCAGAAUUGAACCUUCUUGUCGCGUUCAUUUCUAGAUGAUCAUGGACACCGGUCACCUUCUCCACAUAUAAUUAUCAGAAGGUAUAAUACCAUGCAAAUUUAAUUGCUUUUCUCAUGUUUCUAAUUUAAAGGAAAAAGGAUCAUAAUAUGCAUUGUUUUUUUAAAUGAAUUAUACAGUUUAAAUAAAGUCUGCACACCCGUUCAAUCGCCAGGUUUUUGUAAUAUUAAAAAAAAAGAGAUCAGGGUACAUUUCAGAACUUGAUGAAUGUAACCUAUAAGUACAAUUCAACUGAAAACAAAGACUGAUGCCUUUGAAACAUGACAUAGCUCUCGUGUCACAAAAAUGAAAAUCCUUUCAGAGGGUGUGCACACUUGUGCAACAUUAUGUGGAUUAAUUGUUUUCAAGGUUUAGAAUUUAUACGGCAUAUUAGUGGUGGUCUUUGAAAUCUUUUCGCCUUUUUUAAUAUCACACAAACCUGACAUUUGAACACGCAUGUGUAGACUUGCCCACAAUCUGUGUUUGUAUAUAAACUGGAUACAUUUGAAUCCUGUUUAAAAGAGAAAAAAAAAUCUAGAUUUUCAAACGGUCAAAAAAAUACAACUGUUCAAAAUUGUUUUAUUUUUAAAGAAUAGGAAAAAGCUGAAUAAUUCCUCCUUUUUUUUAGAUUUCAAAUGGAACCAUGUGAUCUACUGUUUGUUCUCAUACUAUAACAUUAUGCUAACAAUUUUUUACUCUGCUUUUUUUUCUUUUCUUUUUUUUUGCUGUAAAGUAAUGGCAACAGAAUGAAUUGUAUGCAUUUUUUUUCCAUUUCCCAUUCUUUCAAAAAUCAAAAGAAAAACAUACGGCCUGCAGAAUGAGCUUGUCUUUUUUUUUUUUUCUUCCAGAUCCUAACAGGUCAGUUCGACCGACAACAUAACUGGAGGGGAAAAGAGUUCCCAGGCGUGAUUCAGGUCUCCUGACCUUGGAUCAAAAUAGACAAAGUUUGAAAGUGAAAUGUUUUCAUAGUUUGUCCCCUUUAACUUGAGUUGCAUAUAUUCAUGUGGGUGUUUUUUUUUUUAAAUGGAUGUGUUUAGUUAGUACGGAUUGGUCGCACUGUAUGAUAAAGCGAAGCGACCGUUUUCUGCGUUUGUCACUCGGCGAUAAUACCAAAGCGUCAAGUCGCCUUUUGACGAAUUUACUGUCAUACAGUAACACACACGCGUCAACGGUCAGUGAUGGACGUCUGUAUAUAAUGUAGCUUACUUACCAUAAUUAGCUUGUGGCACAACUUAGAGUUCACAAUGAGGAAAUAUGCACAUACUUAUAUAAGAAUCUAAAUAUAAAUAACGUUGUCCCACUCCGACGCUUUGACAAUAAAACACCAUUUUGUAUGUGUUUACUGUGUUUUUGUUGCUGUGUUCGGAGCGCACCGUUUAAGCGUUUAAGGCCACACGCAAAAGGAAAGUCAAAAGACAAAUACCAGAUUGAAGUUGUGAUUUCGUGACAAAACAAGCUGUACUUCUACCAGAAUGAAGUCUUAAUGUGAUUUACCCCUCCCCAACUACUUUGUGUAACUUUACAAAAGAAAAACAAUGAAACUUUACUGACAUUUUUGUUGAAAAAAUAUUUUAUUCUUGUAUAUUAAUUGUCAGAAAUCCCAAAAAUUACUACUGACCAUGAAAAGAAUACCACUUGAUUCUUGGAGCGAUAAAAAAAUUAAGACUAUAUUCUUGUAAACUACAAUUUUUUUCUUGAUCAAAAAAUGUUUGCCUAUGUAUUUUUUUUCUUGAUUAAAAUGACUGUUUCUCCAAAUUCCAAUUCCUAUAAUUUAACAGAUUUCUUUUGCUUUAUGCCUUCCUUGUCAUUUUCAGUAUGGCCCUUGUAUGCCUUCAUGUUUAACCGUGCGCUCAUGCUAUUUUAUUUGGUUCAAUUGUUCCUGUAAAUUAAAAAGCUAAUCAGGGAAUGAAAAAAAUCACGUCACCAAAGGUUUUACUAUAGUCUAAUAUGAUUUUAUAUAACUGACAGGUGAAACUCAACCCACAUGAUGCAAGUAUAUUUUUGUAUAUUUAAUGACUUACUGCAACACACAUCUAAAUAUUACUUGUCAUUUAUUUUUGUUUGGAAGUAAAACAACAAAAAAAAACUACUGUCACUGUCUCCUGAAUAUGAUAUAUUUGUCAUUUUAAAAUAAAAUCUGUAGCUUGA